AUGAACUUGAGGAGCAGAGGUUCAUCAAGCCUAGUUCCAAGAGUUGAAGACAUUAGAGCACUUGAGAGGGAGAUUGCAAGACAAAGAAGAGAAGUAGAGCAACAUGCUCACUUGCAAAGGUUGGGGUUUGAUAUGGAGAAUCUGCCUCAAGUUGGUAAUGUCCUAGGAGGAAUUGAUCCAAGAGCUGAUCAUCUUAGACCACAACACCGAGCACCAGCUGUGGAGAACAACAAAUUUGAGAUCAAGUUAGGGCUGCUCAACACUAUAGAGAACAACAAGUAUCAUGGUCUUGCUGUUGAAGACCCUUUUGAUCACUUGUACAAGUUUGAUAAGUAUUACAAGGCACACCAAUGGGAGAAGACUCUUCCAAGUGCCACUGUCACUACUUGGGAUGAGUGCAAGAGAGCUUUCCUAGACAAGUUUUUCUCUACUUCAAGGACAGCUACGAUCAGGAACGAAAUCUCUGGGUUUCAACAGAAAAGUCUAGAGAGCUUCAGUGAAGCAUGGGAGAGGUUCAAGGGCUAUUGGUCUCAAUGUCCUCAUCAUGGUUUCAGCAAAGAGAGUUUGCUUAGCACCUUCUAUAGAGGAGCUCUAUCACAGUGCAAAAACAGACUUGAUACUACUAGCAAUGGUUUCUUCUUGGGAAGAACUGAGGAAGAAGCAGAGGAACUGGUAGAGAACAUGGCCAAGAGUGACUCAAUCUACAGUGAGGAGCAUGAUAGGAUCAACAGAAGUGAUGAUCAGCACACAAAGAAAGAGCUGAAGUCUCUCCAAGCCAAGUUGGAUCUACUUCUUGCAGAAAAGACUAAGCAGGAGAAGAUGAACUUUGUUGGUGACCAGAAACAAGAGGCACCUCCAGUGAUCAAUGAGAAAGAACCCAACUUUCAGUACCAAAACAACUACCAGCAAAGGCCACUCUACAACAAUCAGCAAGGAGGUUACCAAGCCAACCAGUCUCCUCAGACUCAAGAAAGCUCUUCUCAAACUCAAACUCCAGAUUCAAGUGUGGAUUCUAUGUUCAAGCAACUCUUGGAAUUUCAGGCCAGAAAUGAGAAGACCAUGAUUUAUGAGUUCAAGAACAUCCAUGCAAAGAUUGAUGAGAAUUAUUCUGACCUCAACAACAAGUACAUGCAACUUGCCUCUCAUCUCAAAGCUUUGGAGAAUCAAAUUGCUUCUAUGCCUUCAUCCUCCAAGCAGCCAAUGGGGUCUUUACCAGGAAAACUAGAAAACAACCUCAAGGAGUCUUGCAAUGCUGUCUUCUCCACUACUUCUCCAAAGAUUGAGCUGAGUGAUCAUGAAAAAGAGGAGGAUGAGAUUGAAAGAUUAGUAUGUGGAACUGAGUUUGGGGAAGUUGAGAGAUUUGUUGUAGCCACAGCUGAAGCACAAAUUGUGAAAGAUGAUGCCACAAAGGUUGAAGCAACGAAUCUGCAAAGAACUGAGCACAAGGCUGACAACAAGCUGAAAGAGGUUAAGCUAGAGGAAGCAACUAAGGUUGAGCUAUCACCCUAUGAUAAACUCCCUUUCCCCCAAAGAGUUCUCACCAAAGCUCAGAAGAAGGUGCUCUCUAAAUUUAGAAAAGAUCUUAGUGAUGUUGGGGCCAGGCUUCCAGAAAUCUCGGGUAUGCGUGAAGCUCAUGUCCAGAUGAUGCUCAUCAAUGACAUUCUAGACCACCAAGCUGAAGUGGCUGAGCUUUUGGACAUCUCCAUUAUGAAGAUUGAUCCACCAAUCCCUCCAAAGUUCCUCCCUAAGAUUAAGUCUCAAGGGAUGUUCACCUUGCCUUGCAACCUUGGCAAGUUCACUUUUGAUGAUGCUCUUGUUGAUUCUGGUGCAAGUGUAAAUGUGAUCUCAAUAGAGAUGAUGAAGAGCCUAGGGAUUGAGAGCAUGGAGCCAAACAUAUCUUCACUACAGUUUGGAGAUUCCUCUUCUACAACUCCUAUUGGUCUCAUCAAGGACUUCCCUUUGAAGAUUGGAGCAUGCAUAAUUCCUAUAGACCUCACUGUAUGGCAACUGAGAAAAGAGUCCCAUUGA